AUGAACUCAAAACCUGAAAAGUGUUAUAAUCCCAGGGAUCACACAAUUCCAUUUACGGACAAAGAGGACGAAUUCGACUUCGAGUGUGAGGAAUUUCAAUCUCGAAGAGCCCGGAUGUCCUGCGGUCAUGUUGUUACUCCAAUGUCUCUUACCAAGUAUUGCAAAUAUUUAUUGAGAAAGGGAGAAAGCACAUUUGUUUGUGGCCAGUUUGGCUGUAAUGUGGAGUGGCCUUAUGUGGAGGUCCGUAAAAUGGCCCUACUGACCCCUGAAGAAAUGGAGUACUUCGAAACCACCAUGGCUGUCAAUGCUUUCAAGACACACUUUGACUCCAAAACUUGUCCUGGCUGCAAAUAUUCUGUGACAAGGAAGGUCGAGUCUAACCUGAGUGUCCGAUGCCAAAUGUGCACAGCAACCAAAGGACGCACCUAUGAGUUCUGCUGGCAGUGUCUGAGAGAGUGGAAAGGUCCACAGCCUCGGACAGAUCGCUGCGACAAUGAAGGCUGCUGCAACGAUGCCCUAAAAACACUGAGAGACUGUCCAUAUGUCAACUUUGAAAAAGUUAAAGGAGUCACUGAGUGUCCCUCUAUCAGGGCCUGUCCCACCUGUGGUAUACUGGUGGAGCACACUGGGAAACAGUGUAAAAACAUCACCUGUCGCCAGUGUAAGGUGGAAUUCUGUUUUGUGUGUCUUAAAAUCACAACUGAAUGUAGAAAAGCACCAAAACCAGAUUAUUAUGGGCCUUGCUCUACUGGUAUUGCCCCCAGACAGACCUCUAUUCCUGUGUGGCAGCGAAACUAAUAUGAAUAAGAUAAGGCAGAUAUCCUGUUUGUUGUAUUUGUUAAUUACAAAUGUCAAAGGUUUAAUUAGUUGGAAGUCAAAAAAUAAACAAUAGCAGCCACUGUUAAUAGUGUAUAAUAAUGUCUGAAGAAAGACAGUUAAUAUACCUUUGAGAACUACUGUUAUUCUGUUUAAAAUUAUGCUACCUCUGCAUUUUUAGCUCAAGUAAUCCUGUAAGGUAACUCAGGUAAUUAUUUUCCUAAAAUUUAUAACAAUAUAGUCAUUUUGUUGCUAAUAUGUG